AUGGCCAAAGGCAAUCAUUCAGCAGUGUUUGAGUUUAUCCUCUCAGGACUCACAGAUAAUCCAGAGCUUCAAGUCAUUCUCUUUGGUGUAUUUCUAGUAAUCUAUUUAGCUAGUGUCUUGGGUAAUUUGGGUUUGAUUGUGCUAAUCCAAAUCAGUCCUCAGCUUCACACACCCAUGUAUUUUUUUCUCAGCCAUCUGGCUUUUGUUGAUUUUUCUUUUACUUCGACUGUCACCCCGAACACCUUGGUGAAUUUUCUGUGUGAAGUUAAAAGUAUAACAUUUUAUGCAUGUGCCAUUCAGGUGUGUUGCUUCAUCACAUUUGUAGUUUGCGAACAGUAUUUGCUCGCAAUCAUGGCCUAUGAUCGGUAUGUUGCCAUUUGUAAUCCUUUACUCUAUGUCAUUCUCAUGCCUAGAAAAUUCUGUAAUCAAAUCAUUGCUAGCACAUACAUUUAUGGAUUCGCUGUGGGUCUCAUACAGACAGUGGCAACUUUCCACUUGUCUUUUUGUGACUCCAAUGUGGUCAACCACUUCUACUGUGACGAUGUUCCAUUGGUUGCUCUGGCCUGCUCUGACACUCACAUCAAAGAGCUGCUAUUGUUAAUUAUUGCUGGAUUCAAUACCCUUUGCUCUCUGCUGAUUGUACUAAUUUCUUAUUUCUUCAUCUUCUUUACCAUCCUGAGGGUCCGUUCUGCCGAAGGAAGACAGAAAGCUUUUUCCACCUGUGCUUCCCAUCUGACCUCCAUCACAAUAUUUUAUGUGACAAUCAUUUUUAUGUAUCUACUGCCCAAGUCAAGCCAUUCACUGAACACAGAUAAAUUUGCUUCUGUGUUUUAUGUGGUAGUGAUUCCCAUGCUAAACCCAUUCAUCUAUAGCUUGAGAAAUCAGGAGGUAAAAAAUGCACUGAAAAGGAUUAUGCAAAAGUUGUAUUUGGCUAUUAAAUAA